GUGUGUCUAUUUCAAGAGUUAAUUAAAUUAUUGUUUUAAUUAGUUUUUUAACGGCCAAGAUGGCGGGCGCGUAUUUCUUCGCUUUUCUCCUUAUUUUGGGUAUCGCUCAGUGCGAGCCAAUCGGUCGUCAGGACCCGCAUGCUGAAAUCGAAGAUUUGCGCGCAGGUCAAAGGAUUGUAUAUGGAUGGGAGGCGGCGGAGGGUCAAAUCCCCCACCAGAUCAGUCUGCGUAUGAUACGUGAGGACGGCCAGGUCUCCUCAUGCGGCGGCUCCCUCAUCCACCACGAGUGGGUCCUCACUGCUGCCCACUGCCUUGCCAACCGUAUCACGUUCGUGGUCCGUCUUGGGCUGACCAAUUUGACCCGGCCUGAAUACAUGGUGGAGACUUCCCGCAAGUUCAUCCAUCCCCAGUACAACGAGAUCCAAGCUGGAGUGCAGACUGAUGAUAUCGCUCUCCUUGGUCUUGAAAGCCCAAUUCCUUAUGGACCUAACAUCCAGCCAUGCCGUCUACAGAACAGCGAAAUGAAGAACUUCGACUACUCCGGCGUCAGGCUCACUGUCAGCGGAUACGGACGUACCGAUGAUUUGUGGAACGGUGGUGCGGCUUCAGAGAUCUUGCUGUGGGUAUACCAGCUCGGUGUCAGCAAUGAGGAGUGCCUGCGUUGGUACCCCAACAGCCGUGUUAUCAGGGAGCAGACCAUCUGCGCCGCCGCAUACAACCAGACCGGACAGUCAUCUUGCCAGGGUGACAGCGGUGGUCCUCUGACCUUGGAAGAUGUUGAUGGAAAACCCACAAUGGUGGGAGUGGUAAGCUUCGGUCACGCAGUCGGUUGCAACAGCCCUCACCCCUCAGGUCUGGUGAGGCCCGGCCACUACCACGACUGGUUCCAAGAGGUCACCGGCAUCUCCUUCGACUGGAAGAACGAGGACUUGGAAGCUGUCGAGCCGGACUCUUCUGAAUCUGAUUCUUCUGAAUCCUCUGAGGAGAAUGGUGAAGGUGAUGGCGGUGAAGGAGAUGGCGGUGAAGGAGAUGGCGGAGAAGACGAGAGCAGAGUGAACUUUGUUGAUAUGUAAAAAUACGUUGUUUGAAUAA